UUUUUUUUUUCUUUUCUUUAAAAAAAAGUUUCUUAUAUCUAUUAUGACUACAGAUGAUAUAAAGUCUAUUACUGAAUGGAUUACAACAAAAGAUGGUACUGCUAUUUUUACAAGAACUUGGAAACCACCUUCAUCAACACCUACCAUUGCUAAUCUAGUACUUAUUCAUGGUUUUGGUGAACAUAUUGGAAGAUAUGAUAGAUUAUUAUCUAAUUUCGCCAGACAAGGUAUUGAAUCUUAUGGUUAUGACCAACGUGGUUGGGGUGAAACUGGUAAAAAAUCAACACAAUAUGGUAAUAAUCAGGGAUAUAAUACUGCUCUUAGGGAUAUUGAUGAUGCUAUUCUAAAAAUUAAACAACAAAAUAGACUCAUACCUAUUUUUCUUAUGGGGCAUAGUAUGGGAGGCGGCCUUAUUCUUAAUUAUCUCGCUAAAAGUGAUAUAUAUGAAGGCGUAAGCUUUUUAUCUGGUGCUAUUGCUUCCUCUCCUCUUAUCACAUUAUCUAUGCCAAUUUCAUCUGUAAAAUAUUAUACGCUUCGUACAUUAUCAAAUAUAGUACCAAGUGUAACAAUUAGAGCUGGUGUUGAUCCUGCUGGUAUUUCACAUGAUAAAGAAGAAGUUGAAAAAUACAAGAAGGAUCCAUUAGUACAUGAUUAUGCAACCUUAGCCACCUUAAGAAGCUUUAUUGAUGCAGGCCAGAAUAUGAUUGAUAAGCCCUUAGCUAACUUAAUUAAGAUACCUAUUUUAUAUUCCCAUGCUGAUACUGAUCCUAUUAAUGCCUUCAAUGGUACUUCUGAAGCCUAUAAAUUGACUCUUAGUCAAGAUAAAGAAUUAAAGAAUUGGGCGGGAUUAUACCAUGAAUUACAUAAUGAAAUUAUGCCACAAAGACAACAAAUCACUGAAUAUUAUAUUAAUUGGAUGAAGAAGCAUUUACUUUAAUAUCAGCUUUUGAUAUCAUCCAUCUUUUUUAAUAAAGACAUUAAUUU